CUGUCAAUGUACAUUUAUGUUUUGGGUUUUUUUUUUGUACCUGACUGCUACAUUGUAUAAAAUAUUUGCAAUAUUUGGAGUUACUUUUACUAUGUUUGGCUGAAGAAAUGUAGAUAAAGGACCCAUCAAAGGAAUAGUUAAAUGGUGUAAUGCCUUAAGAAGAAUGUGAAGCAGAUCUGCUGAUGGGUUCUGGAAUUCGUGCCCAGCUUCUUGGGUGGUUUUGCUACUCCUGGUUGAAAUGUUAGAAAGGGAAAAAAACAGCUUCUGUUCUGAUGACUGGCUUGCAUGAUGCAGUUUUGAUUAGCUAGAUCUGCCUUGUUCAGUGAAGUUAACAUGGUUUGACAGGACCUUGAUUAGGAAGGGAUCAUCUCUGUUGAUAGUAAACAGUUGGUCACUUUCAGCAGAUAUGGGAAUGACUCUCUUUGUCUUGCAUUAAGUAUGAUUUGUUGGUUCGAGUUCUGGUUAAAUUCAAAAGGAAAGUGUGGGUGGAAUGGGAGAGAACAUAGCACCAGGAGCAGAAGUUUAUGGUAGACUCCCCAGUCCUCAUAACAUUGGGGUUUUAUUGUCUUGACUGGCAUUGAGAGACAAAAGAGGGAGAGAGUCAGUUUAUCUUUGAAGCACUUGUAGUGUAAAGGGUUGUGAAAGGAAGGUCUGGUUAAAAGACAUCCAGAUUAGGAUAACUCUGCUCCCUUAUUUCCCAUAUUCCUGUAAGAUGAAGUAAAAUUCAAGUAUCAAGGACUACUGAUUGGUGGAAUACUGUGGAAAGACAGCAAUGAUCAUAAACCUGGGGCUGAUGAAUGAAAGUAUUUUUAUAGUUUAAAUCUUGGUAAGAAUUAUCAAUAGCAUUUUAUUACCAUGCAAAUGCGGUCUCAAUGAUGGUAUGUCCUGUCCUGUCACUGUAAUAAGAGUGAUGUUAAAAAGUUCUAAGGGAUUCUAGGUGAAAGGCUGUACUUCGAUUUGUUUUGUUUUGUAUACUGUGAGCUAGUCUCUGUUCCACGGUAUAAAGGGGUAAUCCCACAUGUGACAGGCUGAAAAAAAAUUGGGUGUGUUGUGGAAACACUUAUUUCUUCAAAGAAUUCUUGAACAAGAAAUUAAGCAAUGCUUCGUGCCAGAAUGUCUGUAUGGUUUAAUUGUUGAGGGUCUCAUUCUGACAGCUUUAUGCAUGCAGGGGCCCAGCUUCUUGCCUGGUGGUCGUUUUAGCCCCAGGGGUGUUGCGGGUGGGUUGAGGGCCCAAGUGAUUGAAAAAGUAUGUCCCUGCUCAGGCUCAGGAAUCUCAUCUCCCACUCUGCCAACUGGUUAUGGAUCCAUCUUCUGUUAUAUGACCUAGGAAGAAAUAAAUAUAUGUGCUUAAUUUCUGUUCACACUGUUGAAAACUAAACUUUGGCAGUAAUUCAGAUCACCAGUGUCAAGCUUACUAGGACUGAGAAAAAUGUAACAAAUUAGACCAGAUCUGUAGCUUGGAUUUACAUUCUUGUCCUCCUCAUCUGGAUGUGGUCUUGAUUCAGCUAAUAGGCUGAAUUAAUUGACGUUGCCUCCCACAUGCAUUGGCUAGAGAAACUACAGGGAGGUUAUAUGAAGUAUAUGAACUGUAGCUGGCUGGGGUUCUUGUAGAAGGGAAGACAGUUUUCCAUUCUUAUGCAAUGUUUUCUGGCAAGGCAAAUUGUGUAUAGCUCCCUCUAGAGCCUGUCGACUCUGCAAUGUCCCUCUGCCUCCUUUUUUUUUUUUUUCCUUUUUCUUUUUUUCCCCACCAUAUUUUAAUAUGGAGCACACCGUUAGGCUCAUGUGGGUUUAGAAACAGAUGUUGCACAUGAGCAAUCUCCUGCAUCACAGCACGUUCAGCCAGUUGGUGGACGAGUGAGUCAGGAGUUAAAUUACACACGGCAGAAGAUUGGAGAAGAGGCCAUGUUCAACCCCCAGCUCAUGAUCCAGACUCCACAGGAAGAUGGUGCUAAUGUACUAACAACAGAAGCACUCCGACAGCACCUUGAGUCUGCACUUCAGGCCAGCAGAGUACAUGUCUAUAUGUACAACAGACAGUGGAAAUUGGAACAUUUGUGUUACAAAUCAGGAGAACUCAUCACAGAAGCAGGUUACAUGGACCAGAUCAUAGAAUAUCUUUAUCCUUGCUUAAUUAUCACUCCUUUGGACUGCUUCUGGGAGGGAGCAAAGCUACAGUCAGGAACUGCCUAUCUAUUAGGGAAGCCUCCUUUGCAGUGGAUCAACUUUGACCCCUUAGAAUUCUUGGAAGAGUUAAAGAAAAUAAACUACCAAGUGGAGAGCUGGGAAGAAAUGCUGAAUAAAGCGGAGGUUGGUCAUGGUUAUAUGGAUCGACCCUGCCUGAAUCCUGCUGAUCCCGAUUGCCCAAUCACAGCUCCCAAUAAAAAUUCCACCAAACCUCUUGAUGUAGCCCUUGUUUUGAGUGGUGGAUGCUAUGGACUAUCAAGAAAAUACAUGCAUUGGCAGGAGGAGCUGAUUAUAGGUGGUACAGUCAAGAACAGUUCGGGUAAACUUGUCAGUGCCCAGGCUUUGCAAACCAUGUUUCAGUUAAUGACCCCUAAGCAAAUGUAUGAGCAUUUCAAGGGGUAUGAAUAUGUUUCACAUAUCAAUUGGAAUGAGGACAAGGCAGCAGCAAUUCUGGAAGCCUGGCAGAGGAUGUAUGUUGAGGUUGUUCAUCAAAGUGUUGCACAAAACUCUACUCAGAAGGUGCUUUCCUUCACUACGACCACCCUGGAUGACAUCUUGAAGUCAUUCUCUGAUGUCAGUGCUAUCCGAGUAGCCAGUGGCUACUUACUAAUGCUUGCCUACGCCUGUUUAACGAUGCUGCGGUGGGACUGUGCCAAGUCUCAGGGUGCUGUGGGGCUGGCAGGAGUCUUGUUGGUUGCACUCUCUGUGGCUGCAGGAUUGGGCCUGUGCUCGUUGAUUGGAAUUUCCUUUAAUGCUGCCACAACUCAGGUUUUGCCUUUUCUUGCUCUUGGAGUUGGUGUAGAUGAUGUUUUCCUUCUGGCACAUGCAUUUAGUGAAACAGGACAGAAUAAGAGAAUUCCGUUUGAGGACAGAACAGGUGAAUGUCUGAAGCGAACAGGAGCCAGUGUAGCCCUUACAUCUAUCAGCAAUGUUACUGCUUUCUUUAUGGCUGCCUUAAUUCCAAUUCCAGCUUUAAGAGCAUUUUCACUCCAAGCAGCAGUUGUGGUGGUGUUCAAUUUUGCUAUGGUUCUGCUGAUUUUCCCUGCUAUCCUGAGCAUGGACCUUUAUCGUCGGGAAGACAGGAGACUGGACAUAUUUUGCUGUUUUACAAGCCCGUGUGUCACUAGAGUGAUUCAGGUUGAGCCUCAAGCGUAUGUGGAAAAUGACAAUACUUGCUACAGUCCUCCACCCCCAUACAGCAGCCACAGUUUUGCGCACGAAACUCAGAUUACAAUGCAGUCCACAGUGCAGCUGCGUACAGAAUAUGAUCCUCACACGCAGGUGUACUACACCACAGCAGAGCCUCGCUCAGAAAUAUCUGUUCAGCCAGUGACAGUGACACAAGAUAACCUGAGCUGCCAGAGCCCAGAAAGCACAAGUUCGACGAGGGAUUUACUUUCCCAAUUCUCAGACUCCAGUAUACAUUGCCUUGAGCAACCCUGUACAAAGUGGACGCUCUCAUCUUUUGCAGAAAAGCAUUAUGCUCCAUUCCUCCUAAAACCAAAAGCUAAGAUUGUGGUUAUUUUUCUUUUUCUGGGUUUACUUGGGCUCAGCCUUUAUGGAACUACCCGGGUAAGAGAUGGACUAGAUCUCACAGACAUUGUACCACGGGAAACACGGGAAUAUGACUUUAUUGCUGCACAGUUCAAGUACUUUUCAUUCUACAACAUGUAUAUUGUGACUCAGAAAGCAGACUAUCCAAAUGUCCAGCACUUACUUUACGAACUUCACAGAAGUUUCAGCAAUGUGGCAUAUGUUUUGUUGGAAGAGGAUAGGCAGCUCCCCAAAAUGUGGUUGCACUACUUUCGAGACUGGCUGCAAGGACUUCAGGAUGCAUUUGACAGUGACUGGGAAACUGGGAAGAUCACUUACAACAGCUAUAAAAACGGUUCUGAUGAUGCUGUUUUGGCUUACAAACUCUUGGUACAAACAGGCAACCAAGCAAAGCCCAUUGACAUCAGCCAGUUGACUAAACAGCGUCUGGUGGAUGCGGAUGGAAUCAUUAACCCAAAUGCUUUCUACAUCUACCUGACAGCCUGGGUUAGCAAUGACCCUGUGGCGUAUGCUGCCUCGCAAGCCAACAUCCGCCCGCACCGCCCAGAGUGGGUCCAUGACAAAGCAGACUACAUGCCAGAAACACGGCUGAGGAUUCCAGCAGCCGAGCCCAUAGAAUAUGCUCAGUUUCCUUUCUACCUCAAUGGAUUGCGUGAAACUUCUGACUUUGUGGAGGCUAUCGAGAAAGUGAGAGCUAUCUGUAAUAACUACAGCAGCUUGGGGAUCUCCAGCUACCCUAAUGGUUACCCAUUUCUCUUCUGGGAGCAGUACAUUGGACUUCGUCACUGGCUCCUCUUAUCCAUUAGUGUGGUUUUAGCUUGCACGUUUCUGGUGUGUGCCCUCUUCCUCCUAAACCCCUGGACAGCUGGGAUCAUUGUGGUGGUGCUGGCACUGAUGACUGUGGAGCUGUUUGGCAUGAUGGGUCUGAUUGGAAUAAAGCUGAGUGCAGUGCCUGUGGUUAUCCUGAUUGCUUCUGUUGGCAUUGGUGUGGAAUUCACUGUUCAUGUCGCUUUGGCGUUUUUAACUGCCAUAGGAGACAGGAACCAUAGGGCUGUUCUUGCAUUGGAACACAUGUUUGCACCAGUGCUGGAUGGGGCCGUGUCCACUCUGCUUGGGGUGUUAAUGCUUGCAGGAUCAGAGUUUGAUUUUAUUGUCAGGUAUUUCUUUGCUGUUUUGGCAAUCCUAACCAUUCUGGGAGUUCUCAAUGGAUUGGUGCUGCUUCCUGUUCUUCUCUCAUUCUUUGGACCAUACCCUGAGGUUUCUCCAGCUAAUGGACAGGACAGAUUGCCCACACCAUCUCCUGAGCCACCCCCUGGUACUGUGAGGUUUGCACUGCCACCUGGCCAUACAAAUAAUGCUUCAGAUUCCUCUGAUUCUGAGUACAGCUCUCAAACCACAGUGUCUGGCAUCAGUGAAGAGCUGCAUCAGUACGAGGCCACACAAGGUCCUGGGGCACCAGUCCAUCAAGUAAUAGUGGAAGCAACGGAGAAUCCUCUCUUUGCAAGGUCCACUGUGGUUCAGCCAGAAGCAAGGCAUCAGCCAAGCCCUCGGCUGCAGCCAAAUCCAGAGCCCAGUGCGCAGCAGCCGUGGCAUCAGGGCAGACAGCCCAAAAGGGAAGCGAGGGAAGGGCCGCGACCACCUCCUUACCGCCCUCGCAGGGACGCUUUUGAAAUUUCUACUGAAGGGCACCCGGCACCCAGCAGCAGCAGGGAUCGCUUGGGCCACAAGGCUCGCUCCCACAGCGUGAGGAGCCCGGCAUUUGGGGCUGCAGGUGCAGCAGGAGCAGCUUACUGCCAGCCCAUCACUACUGUGACUGCCUCGGCCUCAGUCACUGUCGCUGUCCACCCUGCCCUGCACAGCCACAGCUCUCGGGGAGCGAGCUUUCCAUCCUACGAGGGACACCACGAAGCCGGCCAUGCGCCAUUUGAGGACCCCCACGUGCCUUUCAAUGUGCGGUGUGAAAGAAGAAAUUCUAAAGUGGAAGUUAUAGAACUGCAAGAUGUUGAAUGUGAGGAAAGGAUACCUGGCAACAGCUCACAAUAAGGGUAAUAACUGAAGCAAAGAAGAGGCCAAAGAUGGAAAACUAUAUUCCAGAACUGCUUGAAGAGAAGAACUGCUUGAAGUUGUAGAAAAGGACAUGCUGCAUCAGGACAACAGUUCACUGUUACUGUAACCUAUUGUAUUAUUUUGUUAAAUAUUUCUUUUAAGUAUUUAAAAGAUGUACACAUAUGUAAUAUACAAAAGAAUGAUGUAAAGUAGUAUAGUCUGGAGUAAUUUGCCUUUGGGCAAUAGAAUGGGGACAAUAUUGUGUGCUCUUUGUACUUUUUGUACAUUGAUGUCUGUGCCACAACUAAGCUUAAUCUAGUUCUGAAUUUCAGCAUAAGUUGCUGCUGCUUAAAUAUUUUAUAAUUUACUUGUAUAAUUCUAUGCAAAUAUUGCUUAUGUAAUAGGAUUUUUUAAAAGGUACAUGUCUGUUUAAAAUAUUUUAAAUUUGUGUAUCACAACCCUGUGGUAGUAUGAAAUGUUACUGUUAACUUUCAAACACGCUAUGCGUGGUAAUUUUUAAAAUAAGCAAAUAUGAAGAAAAGCAAGUUAAUCUGGGAGGCUUAAAUAGACUUAGCUAAGUGCAGGUUUUGUUUUGCUGUAUGCAUCCAAGUGUGCACCUGGAAAUAUGCGUGCUUUUGUGUGCAUGUUCCUGGUGUACUCUAGUUUCUCUUUUACUGUAUGUUAACACUUGGUGGGCUUACAAACCCACUGAUGCUGAUGUGAGUCUGGCUUUCCCUGUUAGUAGGCACUAGUGAAAACUCUGUUGUUGUUUACCAAUAUAUACAACAAUAGAUUGUUGCCAUCAUCAAAGGCCCAACUAAAAUGCUAGAGAAGACAGGGAGUUGAGGUUUAGAAUUAUGUUUCAGUUCCCAAAUCCUUAAUGACCUGUUUCACAUGACUUUAGUCAAGUCACUUAACUACCCGAUGCCUCAGUUUUUCAUCCUGUAAAAUGGUUAUAAUUACACUUACCUACCUCCCAGGAAUGUUGUGAGACUUAGUUACAGUCCAUGUAGUGCUUUGAGGUUUUUUUUCCCUCACAAAAUAUGCCAGGUAAGUGCAAGCACUAUAACCAUUAUUUUUUCACUUCCAAAGGUGCUGGGUAUUGACGGGUGCUGGUGGUUAUAGAAAUACAAUGAGCAUCUGCCUUACUUUGAUACUGUUAAUUUGGAAUGGCUGGAUAAUGGAUUGUUUAAUGGUCAGCCACAGCUUAGCUGAGUCAUUACAGCAUUGAAAGCAGUAUCUUUGGUCACCUUAUUUUCAUGGCAGGAAGGAAUUAAUAGUAAGUAAUAAAAAUCAAAUGGAAGGAUUAAAAAAAAAGUAUAUUCACUUUUAAAUAUAAAUGGCUUUCUGGUGGGCCGGGAUGGUAAUGACACUUAAAGCCUGGAUAGUUCUUUUCUUUAUUGUUUGUGUUUUCCCAUGCUGCAUUGGCACUUUUAAUUAUAACAGCUAAACUGGGAUCUCUUUGCGAAACUAAUUUAGCUUUUUGUACUAUUGUUUUUAAACUAAAAGGGGAUUGUUGCAGGUGAAGGGUCUGGAAAAACACUACAAUCUGUGUUCUAGUUGGAAACGAACCGUAGGAACAAAGAACCUUAGUUUAAAAUAAUGCAACACAAGUUUUCAUUAUCUCUGUCCUCUUUUUUUAAUCUUUUUUCUGCCCUUCACCAAGCUGGUUUUUUAGAGCAGGUAGAUGUUCACUUUUGUAUUCAGAGCCAAACACAACGAAUAUUCAGUUUCUAAAUACAGCAGUGGUGGGGCUUUUCUUUAUGUAUACCUGAACAGCAGUGGCCAAUUCUUUGAUGGGAAAGUGUUUUUCUCCAGUGGCUUCAGGGAGUCUAUCUUUGCCUACAGACCUUGCCAGCAAAACAAAUGGGGAUAAUUAGAAUGCACAAAUUUCCAUGCCUUUUUUGCUCACUUGAAAACACUUUGAUAUGAGGCACUUGUUUACAGAUCUCCAAUGUGAACGCUCGAAGAGCAGGUGGCGAGAGCCUGGUGUCAUUCCCGUGAUACAUAAGCUACUGUUUCAGUGCACACCAAGGGUUAAUGUCACAACUGCCUACUAGUCCAGUUCACUGUCUAACAUGAAAACUCUUGAUGACAAAAAGGUGAGGGGCCUCAAUUUAGCACUAGCAGCAUAGUGACCUCAGAUCAUACACACUCUGCAACAAAACUUCAUGAUACUAAUUGGAAGCCACCUUCAACCACCAAGCUUGUGCGCUCACGUGUCAGAGAUUGGCAGGGCUCCCACUGGCACCACGCUGUGCCACAGGCUGCCUUGCUUCCUGCUCUUCCUUGGAGGGAAAGGGCCCAGGGCAAGCUGCAGUGUCUCCCACCUGCUCCUGCCCGAGUCUUCUUGCGUGCUUGUGUGUGGGUGAGCUGUCUGCUGCUUUGUGCACAAUGUAGACCUUCUUCUUCGAUAGUCACAUUGGCAAGGGGAGAACUCAGUGGCUGGCAACAUUUAUUUUGUUUUGGUUUCGUUUCUUAACUUUUUUAAUCAUGUGUGAUAUUUAUAUUUUUGUAUCAUAAGAAUGUUUUUCUUACAGUAUUUGUCAUGCCAGUUUAUAACAAACAAAAUGCAGGGAUUUUAUUUCUAUUGGAAACACUAUUACAGUUAUGUUUUUACUGUUUAAUGGAUUUUUAUUUGUAUAGAGUGCUUACUAAUGUUAAAUAGGAAAGAGUAUAUAACAUUUACAUUAUGGACUUGUUGUAGCUUUUAGUGUAAGGAGUUAAAAGGAAAAAAAAUAUUCAAACUGGGUCUCAUUGUCUGCCUGUUUGGUAGGAAUGGGUUUGUGUCAUUUCAGUUACAAAGAUAAAAUUAUGCCAUAUAAUUUAUUUAUAUGAAAAUUUAUUUUUGUAGUGUACAUAGUAGUCAUCGAGUCUUUUGACAGAAGUAUAUUUUUAAAGAGUUUAUAUGUAAUGAUGAUACCAUUAUGUUUUGGAACACUGCUGAGAUACAAUUACAGUGCACACUUUUCCUUGUAAACCCCCUGGAGAAAAAAAAGUGUUUUACAGUGUUAAGAGAGAAAGAGAGUGUGAAUAUUCAUACAAUUCUGAACUGUAUUUUAGUUACCAUUUGUGAUCUAGCGUGGUUCUCAUUUUAAGCUUUGAAUGGAAAUUGUACAAACUCUCUAAAUAUUAAUGUUCAAACACUGAUAGAAAUUCUAACAUAAAUAAAAAAAUAUUAUAACUUA